AUGAUGCUUGAACUAUCGGCUGGUGAGAAUCCAUUACCUGAUUUUGAAGAAGCUUUUAAGGUAAAUAAAAUUGAUGAAUUUAACUAUAUUGGUGCUCAUCCAUUAAGAUUACCAGUUAGUGCUGGACGUGGAGUGUAUGGAGGUCAUAUGAUUGCUCAGUCUUUAUUAGUGGCUAUUGAAUCUACCAAAAAUGAUCAGACUGGUGAAUAUUUCAUACCUGAUUCAUACCAUUCUUUUUUUAUCAAUGCAGGAAAUUAUAGAACUCCAAUGGAAUACAAAGUUAAUAAAUUAUAUGAUUCUGAUUCAAUAGCGAAGAGGUAUAUUGAAGUUGUACAAAGAGGCAAAAAUAGGCUAACUUGUCUAGUUACAUUAAGAAAAGCAGGUACAAAAACAUUACAUUCAAAUUCAAAUCCACUUUCGAAACUAGAUAUAAGUGUAAAACCACCUACUUUACGUCAUAAAUACCCAGAUCCUGAUAAAUUAUAUCAAGUUCAACAUACUGAUUUUGUAAGAAAUGCGUUUGGACCAGAAUUAUUAGAUUAUAAAUUAUGUCCCGAGGAAAAUAAUAUACCUGCUUCCGAAACUUGGCUUACUUUAUUUACUGGUUUGAAAAACAUCCCUGAAAAAGGUAAUAAUCAAUAUGAAACCAUAACAGAAGAGCUCCCCGAUGCAAUUGGUAAUUUACAUACAUCUGAAAAGAAAAUAUUAAAACCAAAAUAUUCAAGAUCAAUGAAAAAUCCAAUUUAUAAUUAUGUAGGAUUAGCUGAUAUUUCAGAUAGUGCAAUUAUAACACUAAUGGCAAGAGUUUUGCAUAUACCAUGGACCCCAAGUUUGGAAAGAGAUCAAAGAGAAUAUAAUGCAGAAACUGAUGCAACUUUUGUAAUAAGAUCAACUUUAAAUGCGGCACAUAUUUUCCAUUAUAAUGCAAUGUCAUUGGAUCAUCAUAUAUAUUUUCACAAUGAUGAUUAUGUACCUACUGAUGGAUCAAAGUUUGAUGUAUGUAAAGAUUGGUUAAGUUUAACUUAUCAAUUAAAAAGGUUAAGUAAUAAUAGAUUAUUAAUGAGAGGAUUUGUGUUUAAUGAAAAUGAUAAAUGUAUUGCUACCAUAAUACAAGAAGGUUUAACUAUUAUGUUUGAUAGUGUUGGAAGUACAGCUGAUAAAUCAAGAUUAUAG